CAACUGGAAGAUUAGAUCAUUCAGUUGAAAACCGUGUCCCCGAUCAAGACAAAGUAUAUAAAAUAUUCGGAAACAAUUUGCAAUUCUUUAAAUUAACAUAUAAGCCGUUGUGUAUUCAAACCAGAAAGACAUACAAUUUGUAGUAAGCUUUGGAACCUGAUAUCACUUAGUUAGUUGAGAUUAGUACUCCCACGCAGACACAUUAAGCUUUCGCGAAUUCCUGAGAUCGAUCUGGCAACCCGUUUCCGUUUACCAUAUGUUUGGCGAAAUGGCAAUCGCAAACGGCGCGGAAGAAGAGGAGCACGAAGUGCGGACGGCGAAGAGCAGGAAAUGUUUUUAUUUGAAAAAAAUGAUCGGAGAUUACAUAGACACCUCUGUGCGCGUUGUGGCCACCGUGUUUCUGGCCGACUUCCUGCAGCGCUUGUACCGCUGUGUCGUCGAAUAUGUCCGAUAUAGCCGGUACUAUCUGCCGGAGGAUCGGCUGUGGACCGUUGUGCGUCGCUCGUACACGUACAACAACAAAUCGGCGUACCUGCUGCUGGCCUACCUGAUCGUGGGACUUUCCCGAAUUUCCGUUUCCGGGAACUUCAGGAGCGUAGUGCCCACGGUCAUGUUCCUGGCCCACAUGCCGCUCUACUGGAUCUUCAGUGACCUGGGCCAGAGCACCCUCAGCUACGCCCACUGGAUACGGGACUCACAUGGCCUGGACUAUGCGGCCGGAAUGGCCUCCAACUACUUCCACGGCUACCUCAAACUAUCACUGCCCGAACGCAAGGACGACGGACUCAAGCACCGAAUGGCUUUGUAUGAGGACAAGAUGAACGUGACUUUUGGCGUGGAUCGACUGGUAAUCCUUAUACCCGACGAAAUGUUCGUCAGCGGUGAACUGGACAGCAAGUAUUUGGAAAAAGUUGAGCCCCUGGAAACGAAGUUCAUUAACAGAGCUGGAGUGUAUCGUCCUUUUAAGCACGCUGUAUACAAACUGAAGCACAGGAUAAACGGCAAGUUUUACUACUUCGCCAUGGAGGGCGCCACGCCCAUGUUAUCCUUCUUCGAUGCCAUGCAGUUCAACUUGUCGGCCACCUGGCAGAUGCAGGAACUAAAGCGGGAGAUCUGGCUCAAGUUCUACAAGCACCUGAAGGAGCUCAUUACGACGUGGCCCGAGACCCGCAACGAAGUGGAGCUCAUCAUCUAUAACUCCCAUGAUACCAAGGGUAAUCUUGUUGAUGUCGGCGAAUUGCUCAUAGAUCACAUGAAAAAUAAAACCAAAAUUAUUGACGAAUCGACCGACUGAGAAUUCGAAAGAAAGCUACGAGUUUAACGAUGUCACCAAGCGAAAUACUAUCUCUAUUAGUCC